AUGGUCUCCCUAUAUUCGGCAUCCCAACAUCGUGGCGUAUUGGGCUGCCUUAUUGCAGUACUGAGCGUAGGCCUCGUUCUGAAUUCAGGCGCUCUCAUUUACUCCCUUCGCAUCUUGACGCGAGGAACGCAGCAAUAUACCUACCUGGAAGGCGAUCGACCUCGCGAGCUCCCCAUCAAUGUCGGCACCAUCCAGAAUCACUUCCACGACGACCCAGUCCACUACAGGCUGGACGGAAAUGCAUCGUGGGAUGAAUGGAAUGCACUUCGUCCUCCUGGCUCAGGCUAUGUUUUCCUUGGGGAAGAAUAUUAUCCAUUCGAUGUAUCAAUGUGGCACCAGAUACACUGCCUUAACCGUCUACGCGCGGUGCUGCUCAAUGGAGACGAUGGAUCUGACCACACAGAACAUUGCUUCCACUACCUACGGGAGAGCAUUCUCUGUGCCGCUGACACAACCCUUGAACCAGGCGGUACCAGCAGGUUGUUAGCGAACGGAGACAAAGUUGCCACAGGUAUAAGAACCGACCAUACGUGCCGGGAUUGGAAACAAGUUUACGAUUGGAUGGCAAAAGAAUACGAAAAGUGGACGCCCGAUAUGCAUCGAAGGUCGAAAGAGUCGUCUCAUUGA